AUGGAACGACCAUAUCGUCACAUGGGCCGACCGGCGAUCAUCACCCUCGCAGUCCUCCUACUCCUUGUCGGCCCGUCUCUCGCCCACCAAGCUACGGCCAUCCCAGACUACGGCGGUGGCCUCCCCCCUCAACAUCAACCGCACCAAGCCCAUCCGCACAACGAAUCGGCUGCUGUCGACCAACCCUCCAGCCAUGGGCCAUCCUACUUUUCCCAUCCGGACCACGCCGGCCUCAUCUACGCUCACAUUGCGCUCAUGGUCCUGUCAUGGGUCGGUGUCCUCCCCGUCGCGGUAAUGCUGUCCUUGUCCAAGUCGGAACAUACCCUGGCGUUGCAGUUUGUCUUUCUCGCCACCAAUGUCGCCGCAGUCCUAUCGGCCGUCUUGUACAACGCCAAGACACCCGACUUAUACCCCAACAAUGCCCACCACAAGAUCGGUUGGGUGGUCACAUGCGUUGCCUUCGCCCAAGCCUUCAUCAACCUGCUUAGCAAGGUCCGCCCUCGAGCGCGCGCCUGGCACUCGAAGGAAACGCUGAACUACACUCCCGUCUCAUCCGUCCCCACUGAUGGCGUGUACCGUCUGUCCAACGACAGCGGCCAGGGCACGGAACCCAGUACCGAGUCUCUCUGCAGCAUCUCCCUGUCGACUCACGGCGGCAGCGGGGACGGCCUCCUGCUUCCUCGCCACGGACCGGUCGCCGACCAUUAUCGGGCCGCCGCCGGCAACACCAGGCGGGCCUUCCUGUCGUCUCUUGAUGAUCCCCCUUCGCUUGGCGCUAGCACCGCUCUGUGGAGGAUCUGGAAGUUCCUCCGACUGCUGUCUCGAAUCACCGAUCGCGUAAUAUUGCCCUUGGGCUCUGUUGUCCUCCUUACUGGCAUCGCCACCUUUGGCCGCUUCUUCGAGGGUGCUGGUAUAUUCAGCGGAUUGGCUCAUUGGAUCAAGGGCGGCGUCUUCCUCUGGCUCGGCCUCUUCACUCUCGGCCGCUGGUCCGGAAGCUUUGCUGAGCUCGGCUGGGCAUGGAAUCUGCGUCCGCCCUCGGCGCAGCGUCGCAACCUGCCUUCGGCCGAGUUUGUCGAAAGUGCGCUCAUCUUCUUCUACGGCAUAACAAACAUCUUUCUUGAGCAUCUAGGCGGCUGGGGUGGUGAAUGGACUGCGCAGGAUCUGCAGCACGUGGGCAUCUCUGCCUGGUUCCUCGGUGGUGGCCUGUGUGGGAUGCUGGUUGAAUCCACCAGCAUCCGUCGCCUCCUCAACGCCCCCGUGUCCAAAGUUCUGUUGGACGACCCGUGCCCAGACGAGGAGCGGCAGCGACAGACGACGACCCCGGCCACCUAUCGCUUCUCCAUGAACCCUAUUCCAGCUCUCGUCAUUCUCUUGCUCGGCAAGAUGGUGAGCUCCCACCACCAGACAUCGAUGGUCGCUACCAUGCUUCACAAGCAGUGGGGGGGCCUCCUCAUGGGUGCCUCGAUUGCCCGGGGUUUGUCGUACGUCCUCCUAUUCCUGAGACCGCCCCAGUCCUCUCUGCCCUCCCGCCCGCCCACGGAACUCCUCGCCUCGUUCGGGCUCAUUGCUGGGGGCAUCAUCUUUAUGACGAGUAGCGCCGGUACAAUCACAGCCAUGGAGAACAGUGAUCUUGAUGCCAUGUUUAUGUACACCAUCACUAUGGGAGUCGUCGGCUUGUUGAUGGCAUGGGAAAUCGUGGUGCUUGCCAUCAAGGGGUGGGCUUCUCGAGUCGAACGGCACCCUGCGUCGCUUGCCACCACUUCCUAG